UAUAAUUUCUCCCUCAAUGGCGAUUAAGGUGGCUCUCGCAGCAGCUCUCCUGGUGGCUAUGGUGACACUAGCCAGCGCCACCAGCUACACAACCACCGUCACGACCACCACCAUCGACGACGAGGCCAACCGAGGCGAGCAGCAACAGUGCCGCCAGCAGAUCCAGGGCCGCCGGUUCCAGUCAUGCCAAAGGUACCUCUCCCAGAGGGGCCAAUACGGCGGAGAUGAAGAGGAAGUUAUUGAAAUGACAACCGGCAACCCACAGCAGCAGUCACAGUACCUGAGAGAUUGCUGCCAGCAACUACAGAACGUGAACCAGCAAUGCAGGUGCGAAGCAAUCAAGCAAGCAGUGAAGGAGAUCCAACAACAGGGCGGCCAAUACCAAACCGGACAGUAUGAACAGGUUUACCAGAAGGCCCGCUCUCUCCCCCGACAGUGCAACUUCCGCAGCCCCCAGCAAUGCCAGUUCCAUGUUCUCUUUGUCUAGAGAGAUGCAUGGUCUGAGAGAGUAGAGAGAGAGAGUACGUACUUGAGCUGUGUGAAAAAAUUAAGCUCUGUUUUUGUAAUAAGUAUCUCUGCAUGCACAUGUUCGUGUGUAAGUUUAUUUUCCUUUGAAAUAAAAGAUGAUGA